AAAUGAAAAUAAAAAAUUAUUUAUACGGGGUAAAGAACCAUAUAAAGACACCCCUGAACGUUAGGUUAAGAUGGCGGAUUACAAGGAAUAGAUAACUGGCCAGUAAUAAUUCUAAAAUAAAUAACACUUUUAAGAAUGCAUAGAUUACUGAGCCAUUUAUAUUCGUGAAAAUGAUAUUUUUCCUACGAUAUUUCAUACGAAUAGUUCAUAGAUUCGCAUCAUUUACAGAACUAGCGUGAAAAUGUGGGUACAACAAGGGAUUUGGCCGCCGUAAACACGCUUCUGAUCGAGUGCUACAAUUUUCGUUAAUUUUGUCACGGCGGCAAGCACUCCUCUUUAGUAAAUUGUAAAUAAUUGUAAAUUAAGCACCAGGCAACGAAGCACCAGCACGAAAGGAUGCUUUACUUGGAAGAUUAUGUUGAAAUGAUCGAGCACCUUCCUCAAGAAUUAAGAGAUCGGUUCACAGAAAUGAGAGAAAUGGAUUUAGGUGUACAGAACUCAAUGGACAGUUUAGAAAAAAAAGUAAAGAUUUUUUUCGCAAAUGCAAAGAAAAUGAAACCUAGUGAAAAGGAAGCAGAAUAUGAAGCUAUUAGAAGAGAAUAUUAUAAAACUCUAGAAGAUGCAGAUGAAAAGGUGCAUUUAGCCAAUCAGAUGUAUGACUUAGUAGAUAGAUAUUUGAGGAGAUUAGAUCAGGAACUGCACAAAUUUAAAAUGGAAUUAGAAGCAGAUAAUAAAGGUAUCACAGAAAUAUUGGAGAAGAGGUCAUUGGAAUUAGAUCAACCACCUACAAAUAGUAGUCAAAAAGAGAAUCGAUAUAGCUUUACAACAUCCAGUAGGUCACGAGACAAUCAUAGUCAUUCUCGGGCAGAAAAAAGAAGAGAUUCAAAUGCAUCUUCUACAUCAAUAGAAAAACGCUUAGCUAUAGAAAAAAUUUCACCAAGUCUUCCUGAAUCGCGACCAGCUUCUGUAAAUUCAGGACCAAUUAUUGCCGCUACUAGCGUGCCAUCUACUCCUACAGCAAUCGCGAAUUCUGUUGGUUCAGUAAGUUAUAAUCUCGGUCAUAUAGGAGCUGGUGGAAAUGCCAUAGCAGCUGCAGCAUCGCAAGCAAUUGCUGCGACGCAACAAAUGCAACAUGGCAGACGUACUGCUAGUUUAAAAGCUAGUUACGAGGCCAUCAAUACUGGAGGUAUACAUGCAGCUGAAUUUAGUAGAGAAUUAGCUGGUGCUGCCAUUGCAGCUAUACAAGACAAUAAAAAACAUAAAAAAAAAGUAACAACUGCUGUACCAAGUUCAAGUGUAGUUGCUGCCUCAGUUCAACAACCAGUAUCACCUCCAGUUAUAACUACAAAUACACAAGUCGUAGAUUCUGAUAAUCCAGAUUGGACUUAUGAUCCAAAUGAACCAAGAUAUUGUAUAUGUAAUCAAGUAUCUUAUGGAGAUAUGGUUGCCUGUGACAAUUCAGACUGUCCUUUUGAAUGGUUUCACUAUCCAUGUGUGGGUAUCACUGCACCUCCGAAAGGGAAGUGGUACUGUCCUCAAUGUACAUCUUCUAUGAAGAGACGCGGAGGUCGAAAAAACUGAUUGUGCUAUAAUCAGUGCAAAUAUAAUGAGAAAAAAUUGAUACUACCUCUUAGGCAUUGUCCGUCAAGUACCAACUUAGUUAGGAAGCUAUUAAUUCUGAUUUUAUAUGACUUUUUAAAUAUGUUUAAAGUUUAAGUCAUGAUCUUAUCUGGUCUUGAUCUUGUCUCACAAAAAUUUCUGUUUUUACAGCAGAAAAGAGCAGUUUUUUUACUGCGUUUUGUAGACAUAAUGAAAGGAUCAAAUGGUGUAAAAAGUUGGCUUUAAACAAAUUCUGUUAUAUAAAAAAAAUUUUGACAUACAAAAUAUUGCAAUUAUUUUUUAAUACUUUUUGCACCAUUCUAUACCGUGACCACUAGAUAGUUUACAAAUUUACAUUGAAAAAUGAUUUUUUCUUCUGGUAGAAUACAAUAUGAUCUAUUGACUGAAAUACCAGAAGUGAUUUUCAUUGUGAAUUUUUCGAAAUUUAUGUUUUUAGUUCACGCAAUAUCGAGCAAUCUUCGUAUUUACGUCCUCGUGUUAGUUCAGACGUGCUUAAUAUCUCGCUGGAUUGACGAUUAUGCGAGCAAUAACAUUUUAAGUGUUCUAUGCUUUAAGAAAGAAACAAAACAAAUGAAAGACAGAGAGAUAAAAGCGAUAACAAAUUGUGAGAAUACUACUUUCGAAAUGAAGGAAUGUAGCAACUUGAUGUAUAAAUAAAUUGAACAAUGCAGAUUUA